AUGCAGUUCUACCGCGAAGACUAUCGCAGCGUGCUGGCUGUCCUCGAAGAAGGCACGAAUAGGUCGGACCCGUAUGCUGUCCGCCGAGCAUGCGCCGAGUUCAGGCGGUUGGUUCUGCACCGCAACGCUGUGCGGCACACCAUGGUGGAAGAGGGACGGCUACUGCCUAUGCUCGUGGAGAUUGUGACGAUUCAUGUGCAAGAAGAACAAGGAGCGGUGGUGUCGGACUGCUGCCGCUUUUUCCAGCGCCUCAUAUCGCACAAACGACCCACGGAACUUGAUAUCCAAUCCAAAAUUACGGAGGCUGGCGCUGUUGGUCUCAUGAUCAAAGGCCUUCAGGCUCACCCCCAGGCGCGGCAGCUGUACAUCGAGGUCUGUACAUUGGUAGCACUAUUGUGUUUUGACACGAUAGCUGCUCCUCAUGCCGAUAACCAGGCAGCCAUCGCAGACGCAGGGCUAGUUACUGCCAUUUGCGAGCGUUUGGACUGUGCUGAUCUCUCUGAACACGAGGCAGCAGCAGGCUGUACCGCUAUUUCAGCACUCGUCUAUGAGAACGACGCCAAUGGUGUGUUUGUGAUCCACACUUUCCGUAUCUUGUCCAGACUCUCCACGCUACUGAACACACUCGCAGAGUCGUUGCGUGUUGUCAGCUGUGUCUUUCAGACGCUUUUCCAGCUCAUCACUACGGAGCCUGGUCUGUCCGAUGAUGUGGUCGAUGCUGGGGUGCUGCAGCUAGCGGUUGAGUUGCUAGACAAUAGUUCUCUCAUGCAAAACUACCGCGGUGCAGCGAGUUUCAUGGUGCAUUGGAACAUCACCAAGUUCUUGGAAAUUUGCAUUCGCGAGAAUGAUGUUGCAAAGGAGACGUUUUGCAAUUGUGCGGGCCCUGGGGUAGUCGUUAGUGCAAUGAUCCGCCGCAGACAAGAGCCUCGACACGCUGAUAGUGUCGAUCCGUGGGCCUUACAGUACAUCACGUGCAUGUUGCUUUGUCGAGUCGUGACGGUCACCGGAGACCUGGCAGAGGUCGACAAGACUCGAGCGAAGCAGCUCGUGCAGUCGAGUGCACAUCAAUUGGCGCUGGACAUUCUGCGCAGCGUGGAUGUCGCUCAAAUUGCGGACACUGGCAAAGCCAAUCGCAAAAGCUUCUGGGCAGGCGUCGAACAAGCAGUAAAAUUACUGGAGCUCAUCGCCGCAGUCGAGUCGAAUCGCGUGCCCCUGACCCGUCUCGGUGCAUCUCGCCAAGUCAAACUGAUCUACAACAACCCCGAGGUGGCCACACAACCAGGUCUCUUGCUGCUCUGUGAGUGCGCCGUCGCCAACAUCGAGGGCACAUGA